AUGUACAAUUCAGAGAGAGAGCAAACCGAUCAAAUUUUUAAGCAACAAGAGAACGUUGCAUUACAAGAAUUAAAAAAUCGUCUAGGAAUUCUUGAAGGCUUAUCAAGAAAAGCUGGACCAAGAUCAGGCAAGUUCUUAGAUAUCCGCGAUAGCAUCUGGAAUUCUGCAAUAGACGAGUUUCUGUUGCGUUUCCUCCGCUCCAAGAAUUUGGUUGUGUCCGAGGCGAUUAAAAAGCUAGGAUAUCGACGAAGUUUUGAGCAAAACUUGCUUAGUAUCAAUAUUACUCCAACUACGACUUCGAUUCUUCGAAGUGGAGCCAUAAAUGUGUUAGGAAGAGAUUUUGAAGGGUGUCAGGUGUUGCUUCUUAACCUUGACGACCUCCGAAUUCCAAUACUAGAUCCUAGUGAAGCACAGAGGUUGUCUAUCAUCCUGUUGGAAUACAUGCAAUCAUUAUGUAUGAUAAUUAAUCCAUUGGGAUUAGAUGUAGCAGCGACAGCUUCGAAGGCAAUUUCGAUUGACAACGUUCAUCAGUUGUGUAUUGACAAAAAUCUAGAGGAUCUUCCUCUUCCAAGAAGACAGAAAUUAACACUUCUUGUUAACAAGAGCGUCGCAUCCUGGGAAACUUACACAUCGGCGUUGCGUAAAAUCACUGCACUUUUCACUAUUAUUGACAAGUAUUACCCUUACUUCGUAAACCGUGUGCUUGUGCACGAAUCCGACCUUUUGGCUCGUGAAAGUUUCGACGCAAACCUGAAACAAUGGUUAAAGGACAUGAAUUACAUGAUUCAUGUUGUGGACACCGACGCAUUGAAGACUUUUUUGCCUGAGCAAAUUAUUCCGGAGAGCCUUGGUGGUAUGAAGCUGCACACCAACAGCCCUGUAAGUUUUUCUGAGGCAGUUCUACGCCACUGGGACGCCUUGACAUCCGCCAUUAGGCAGAGAUCUAAAACAAUACAUAGCGAUUGUAGCACUAGUGGAAACCCUAUUGAGGUAACCGAAUACUCAGGCAUCUCAUCCUGGCCUUUAUAUCUCUCUCCACUGCUCGCGAUGAGCUUCGGUCAUUUCCAAGCUGUAAAAUGUUCAUCAGAAGUGUAUGCUGAGUCAUGCAAGACAAAUUCACCGAUUGAUUUGCGCCAAAUCAAUGCAGCUUCACGACUGAAGGAUUCUUCAAUUUCGACAGAGUCUUCGCUAGAGGUUGCGUCCACGCUAUAUUCGAUUGGGGAAGGGCAUUCCGCCCAUAGCAUGCAUCCACCUACGAACGAUAGCAUUUACUCUGUCAAUGAAAACAAUAACCGUAAUGAAUGCAAUCUCAACGAUUCCCAUGAGAUCAAGGAUGGGCCGGACAAAGAUGUCCGACCCAGCCAAUUUAUUGACCCCUCGAAACUUGAACUCAUUAGAGAUGACCCGUUGUAUGUUCUUCCCGCCCGAACACCGGAACAUGGUCGUUGCCUUACGGCGGAACAGCAGCUUUGCGGUGCGCUCUUUAGCCUUCAUCAUGACCCCCAUCCUUCCACUUUUAUUGAGCGUAGGUUGGUGGAUUUACACCAGGAAGUCGACGUCCUCGUGUCAGAUCUCCUGUCCCGAGCAAAAGUCACCAGCAACGGAAAGGAGCUCCCGAGUUUGGUUCAGCUGCUCGAUUAUACGCUGACCGCCCUGGAGACGGUGGUCGACGUGCCGGAGGAGGUUCCCAUUGUAUCUUUAAUGCAGCCUCGACAACGCGAGUCGGGUAUAUCAAGGUGUUGUUUGAUGAUGUAA